GGCGCCGGGCGAGUGGAGGUCGGGCGUGUGCCGGGAAUGAUGUGUACUCUGAGCGCCGUGACGCCUCGGCGUGCACUCUGCAGCGCGGGAAUGAAGUCUGUUGAACUGGUGUCUGUCCUGGAUGCCUGGGUUCCAGACCCUGCUGCUGGGGCGCUCCACACGUCAUCCAGCUGAAGGAGAAGUUCCGUUGAACUGGCUCUUCUCAGGAACCUUUUAGAAAUGAGUGAACAAACAUUGGAAACAACUCCACAACAUCGGGAACUUCCUGAAUGGAUGUCUACACAGAAUAAGAGGUACACUGUAGAAGAAAGAAAGACAUCUAUUCAGAAGAGUGUUUUGGAAGAUGAUCUACCCUUCUUAGAAUUCACUGGAUCCAUUGUGUACAGUUAUGAAGCUAGUGAUUGUUCUUUCCUAUCAGAAGAUAUUAGCACCAGUCUGUCUGAUGGAGAUGUGGUGGGAUUUGACAUGGAAUGGCCACCAGUGUUUAAAAAAGGGCAACUGAGCAGAGUUGCACUAAUUCAGUUGUGUGUGUCAGAGAGCAAAUGUUACUUGUUUCAUAUUUCUUCUAUGUCUGGUUUUCCUCAAGGAUUAAAGAUGUUGCUGGAAAAUGAAGCAAUUAAAAAGGCAGGUGUAGGAAUUGAAGGAGAUCAGUGGAAACUUCUACGUGACUUUGACAUCAAAUUGAAGAGUUUUGUGGAGCUGACAGAUGUUGCCAAUGAAAAGCUGAAAAGUACAGAGACCUGGAGCCUCAAUGGUUUGGUUAAACACCUCUUCGGCAAACAGCUUCUGAAAGAUAAGUCUGUUCGCUGUAGCAAUUGGAGUAACUUUCCCCUCACCGAGGACCAGAAACUGUACGCCGCCACUGAUGCUUAUGCUGGUCUCAUCAUUUAUCAAAAAUUAGAAAUUUUGGGUGAUGCCGUACAAAUAUUUGCUAUAACUAAAGAGGAGAAAGUACUACUUAGUGGUCUGAAGAAACAGUUGACUUCGUUUUCUGAGGAAAUGAUGGAUCUGGCUAAGCAUCUUCCUGACACUUUGGGAAAACUGAAAAAUCCACAGAGGGUUUCUAUGCUAUUGAAGUAUAUUUCAGAAAAUCUGUGUUCAUUGAGGAAGAUGAUACUUGGUUCUACUGAGAAUGAACUGAGGCCUAGCAGUAGUUUUCAUUUAUUACAACUGGAAGAUCCAGCUGCUGGUGAAGUACAGCAGGAACAAAUUAGAGAACAUAAAAUUUUAACUACAGUUAAAGAUGAGUCAUGGGAUAUGACACCGGAUAAUUUAAUUGAAAAUGAUGGGGAAAAUGUACUUGGAAAUGAAGUGAGACAAGAAGAUGGAUUUGAAGAUGGACUAGAAGACAAUAAGUUGAAAGAGAAUACAGAAAGAAUUUGUUUGAACUCGUUAGAUAUUACAGAAGCUGAACUCCAACUUUUGGAACAACAGGCUCAGGAAAAAUAUCUCAGUGAUGUUACUUGCAAGUCUCCUGAGGAUAAUGAAGAGGAUACAUCUUACAUAAUUGAGAGUGAUGAAGAUUUAGAGAUGGAGAUGCUCAAGUCUUUAGAAAAUCUAAAAAGUGACACAGUAGAUCCAGUUCAUUCAAAAUGCAUGGAAAAGGAGAGAAAUCUGGGUCUUCCUUCUGAAGAAGAUGACGAAGAUGAGAAUGAAGCUAUUGAAGAGGAAGAAGCUGAUGAAGACUGUUUGUUACCAGGACCUACUGCAGAGCAAGUUGUUUGCCUCAAGACAUACUUUGGCCAUUCCAGUUUUAAGCCGGUUCAGUGGAAAGUGAUUCAUUCUGUAUUGGAAGAAAGAAGAGAUAACGUUGUUGUCAUGGCAACUGGAUAUGGGAAAAGUUUGUGCUUCCAGUAUCCACCUGUUUAUACAGGCGGGAUUGGCCUGGUCAUCUCUCCUCUUAUUUCUUUGAUGCAGGACCAAGUGCUCCAGCUUGAAAUGUCCAACAUUCCAGCUUGUUUCCUUGGAUCAGCACAGUCGAAAAAUGUUCUAGAGGAUAUUAAAUUAGGCAAAUAUCGGAUUGUAUACAUAACUCCAGAAUUCUGUGCGGGUAACUUGAACCUACUUCAGCAACUUGAGGCUAAUAUCGGUAUCACACUUAUUGCUGUGGAUGAGGCUCACUGUAUUGCUGAGUGGGGACAUGAUUUUAGAAGUUCAUUCAGGUCUUUGGACUCCCUAAAGGCAGUACUCCCGAAGGUUCCAGUUGUUGCCUUGACUGCUACAGCAAGUUCUUCAAUCCGAGAAGACAUUGUACGUUGCUUAAAACUGAAGGAUCCUCAGAUUACCUGUACUGGUUUUGAUCGACCAAACUUGUAUUUAGAAGUUGGGCGAAAAACAGGAAACAUCCUUCAGGAUCUGAAGCAAUUUCUUGUCCAGAAGACAAGUUCUGCCUGGGAAUUUGAAGGUCCAACUAUCAUCUAUUGUCAUUCCAGAAAAAUGACAGAACAAGUUACAGCUGAACUUAAGACAUUGAAAUUAGCCUGUGGAGCGUACCAUGCAGGACUGAGUAUUAAUUUAAGGAAACAAGUUCAUCAUAAGUUCAUGAGAGAUGAAAUUCAGUGUGUCAUAGCUACCAUAGCUUUUGGAAUGGGCAUUAAUAAAGCUGAUGUUCGCAAAGUCAUUCAUUAUGGCGCUCCUAAGGAAAUGGAAUCAUAUUACCAGGAGAUUGGUAGAGCUGGCCGUGAUGGGCUUCAGAGUUCUUGUCACGUACUCUGGACUCCAGCAGACAUUAAAUUAAAUAGGUUUUUAUAUUGUGACUUUGCAGGUUCAUCAAUAGGUAUGGUUCCUGUUUAUCUGGGACUUAAAAGAAUCAUCUUGUCUCAUUUUGAAGACAAACAACUACGAAAGGCCUCCUUGGGAAUAAUGAGAACUGAAAAAUGCUGUGAUAAUUGCAGGUCCAGAUUGGAUCAGUUCUUUUCCAUUGAUGACUCAGAGGAUAUGUCACAGGACUUUGGUCCACAAGCAUUCCAGCUGUUAUCUGCUGUGACCAUCUUAGGAGAAAAGUUUGGAAUUGGGGUUCCAAUUUUAUUUCUCCGAGGAUCAAAUUCCAAGCGUCUUGAUAAAUACCGCAGUCACAGUUUCUUUGGCACUGGCAAGGAUCACUCAAGCAGUUGGUGGAAGGCUCUUUACUGUCAGCUCUUAACUGAGGGGUUCUUGGUAGAAGUUCCUGGGCAAAGCAAAUAUAUAAAGAUUUGCACCCUUACAGCAAAGGGUAGAGACUGGCUUGCUAGGGCCAAAACGGGAUCUCCUCAGAGACUUAUCCUUCAAGCUAAUGAAGAAUUGUGUCCAAGGAAUUUUUUGCUACCAAGUUCCAAAGCUGUAUCUUCAGGCUCUAAACAACUUUCCUCUAAUCAAGUACCAGUUGAAUUAACUGCAGAGAAGAGGUCUAAGUUGGAGAAGAUGGAUUCUUACAAAGCAUUUGGUAACAUUUCUUCUGGGAGUAACAGUCCUAAAAAAAGCAUCAUGGUGUCAUCACCAGGAAAAUAUUACAAGUCCUCAGAUCCUGUUAUUUCAGCUCAAGAGCAGGAGACCCAGACUACGUUAUAUGGCAAGUUGGUGGAAGCCAGGCAAAACCAUGCCAAUAAAAUGGGUUUUCCGCCAGCUAUUCUGGCAACGAAUAAGAUAUUGUUGGAUAUGGCCAAAAUGAGACCUUCUACAGUUGAAAAUGUGAAAAGGAUCGAUGGUGUUUCUGAAGGCAAAGCUACGAUGUUGGCCCCUCUGUUGGAAGUUAUCAAUCAUUUCUGUCAAAUAAAUGGUGUUCAGACAGACCUCUUUCCAAGUACGAAACCUCAGGAAGAACAGAAUAGAAGUCUGGUGGAGAAAAAUGAAGCACGCUCACUUUCACAGUCUGAGGCCAUCACAUACUCUUUAUUCCAGGAAAAGAAAAUGUCUUUGGAACAUAUAGCUCAGAACAGGACUCUGCCUCUCACAACAGUUGGCACGCACUUGUCCCAAGCGGUGAAAGCUGGCUACCCAGUCGACGUGGAGCGAGCGGGCCUGACUCCACAGGUUCAGAAGAUUAUUGCUGACGUUUUCCGAAGCCCUCCCAUCAACUCAGAUGUAAAUAAAAUUAAACUAAUUAAAAUGUAUGUUCCUGAACACAUUGACACGUACCUUAUCCACAUGGCAAUUGAGAUCCUGGAGAAAGACUGUGACAGCAGACUGUUCUGCCAAUCUUCACGUGAUUCCAACAAGAGGAGGUGUUUCCCCAACUCUGAAGCGAGCCAUUCAAAUUCUAAGAGAAGCAAGGAAGAGGCAGACAUUAAUUCCAAGGUUGAUGGAAAGCAUCCGUAUGAUUUUUCACUGAAAGAUGAGAGUCACAGAAAUUCACAAAAACUAACUUCUUUUAAUGAGCCACUCAGCAAUGCAGAAAUGGAAGAGUUAUUUACAGACCCUCAAUCACAGACUUCGUCUGAAACCUCAAAGAGAAAAUUACCUGGGUGGUUUGCCACAGGAAAUGAGACCUUACCUUGUAUCAGCAAGAAAUUAGUGGGCAAAACAAAGCACAAGGGUCUUUUUAGUUGAACUGGCAGUGGCCAGAGGAACUGUGUGUGUCUUGCUGCAUCAAAAUAGGGAAGCUGUAUUUCAUUUCUGAAGAGAGUGGGGAGUAAUAUUUCUGUUUAAAUAUUAUCUAAUCUCAAAGUAAAACUCAACUUAUUUAUCGAACCGCUGGUGUCUUAAAACAGCUUUGUGCAAUUCCCAUAAAGUUGACUAUUCUGAGAGCCUGAGUGAUUAUAUCAUAGAAUGGAACAGUAAGUUAGUUUCCUGUAGGAUUGCUCUAAGAAACUGUGUUGUACUGUCCUAUUUUUAAUCUCUUUACUUAAUUCAGCAGUAUAUUUGGAAAACAUAAUGUGCAAUGAUUUAAUAUAGAUAACAGACUAGUAGUUGUGUAGUGAUUGUGUAUGUGAUGUAAAACAUUCCAAUAUUACCAAAAUUCUGUCUUGUAAAUGAAGAAAUCAUAGUUACUUUACAAAUUGUAUUUACUGUUGUGAGAAGAACUCUUAUACACAUUUAAAAAUGGUAUUAGCGGACCAGACCAGUGUAAAUGAAACAUUUUGUGUUCCAUAUAAAUAGGGAAAAGAAUAUAACAAAAGAGACCAGAUUACACCAGACAACUAUGCAUUUUGUGUUUUAACUAUUUCUAUUAUUUUUCAAGUAAUAAUAAAAAAAGUCCUUCAUACUGAAUGGUA